ACAGCCGCGCGUAGAACCGCUACGAAUGACUCCCGCACAACUUCGGAACUUUUAAUACUUUUCUAUCGUACUAUUUUAUGUGCUGUGCUCGUUUUUAUUUGCCAAUGUUUGAUGUGUGUUGCAACUUAUAAAAUAAUACUACAAGUAAUUUGACAGUUAUAAAAUUUAUAAUGACUUAAAAAUUAAAAAAAAUUGUCAAAAUCAUGGCGCCGUUACGUGUUUUGAGUGAUUUCGAUGACUAUCAGAACUUUUCUACACAACCGAGUGAGAGACAUCAUUUGAGACACAGAAAUCAUUCCCGGGAACACUCGAGGAAUCAUUUCAUAGAUGUCAUGUCGAACUCUAUUAUGGAGGUUAUUAAUACAAAGUUUAUACCUGAUAAUAGUGUGUUACCUGAUUUGGAGCCGCUGUCGACUCAUUUGGAAGAUCACCCUUUGAGGGUGAAUAUAACGCUGAACCGGUCGGAUUUUGGUGUGAUUGACAAUGAUUUCAUGUACAGACAUAGCGGGGCGAUGACUGCGGUGUAUUGCGUGGCUUACUUGCUAGUGUUCGUGGUGGGUUUGAUCGGGAACUGCUUUGUGAUCGCGGUGGUGUACCGCUCGCCGCGCAUGAGAACUGUGACGAACUUCUUUAUCGUGAACUUGGCGGUCGCUGAUAUCUUGGUGAUCGUUUUCUGCCUGCCCGCUACGUUGAUGUCGAAUAUUUUUGUCCCGUGGGUGCUGGGCUGGCUGAUGUGCAAGACUGUGCCAUACGUGCAGGGACUGUCAGUAGCCGCGUCCGUCUACAGCUUGGUCGCUGUCUCACUUGAUAGAUUCCUCGCUAUCUGGUGGCCCUUGAAAUGCCAGAUCACCAAACGUCGGGCGCGGAUGAUGAUCGUCUUCAUCUGGAUCUUUGCUAUCCUCGUCACCACUCCCUGGGUCUUCUUCUUCGAUCUCGUGGUAGUGUUCGACGACAACCCUCAUGUGCGUCUCUGCUUGGACGUCUGGCCGAACCCCAUCAGCGAAGUCUUAUACUUCGUUAUAGGCAACCUCAUAUUUUGCUACAUUCUACCCAUGGUCCUCAUCACUAUGUGUUACAUCCUAAUUUGGAUUAAAGUUUGGAGAAGAUCCAUCCCUACCGACACGCAAGACGCUCAAAUGGAGAGGAUGCAGCAGAAAUCCAAAGUAAAAGUUGUGAAAAUGCUCGUUGCAGUAGUAAUCCUAUUCGUUUUAUCUUGGUUCCCGCUUUACUUAAUAUUCGCGAGGAUAAAAUUAGGAGGACCGAUUCAAAAAUGGGAGGAAGAGAUGUUCCCCGUAGUGACGCCACUAGCCCAGUGGCUCGGAGCAUCAAAUUCAUGCAUCAACCCGGUUUUAUACGCCUUCUUUAAUAAGAAAUAUAGGAAGGGUUUCGUUGCUAUCAUUAAGAGUAGAAAAUGCUGUGGACGGUUACGUUACUACGAAACGAUCGCUCUGCAAUCGUCGAGCACUUCGACGAGGAAGUCAUGGCAUUACAACAAUAACAACCAUGCAUCCAUCACGCGACGAUCACCUCCCGUCGACAAGAACGCCGUAUCGUUCAUCUUCAACCACACGGGAGUUUAAUCUCAGCGACGACUACGUUUGGAGCUCAACUUUGACCACUAGGUCUGCGGAUCCCAAGCCCCACGGGGCAGGAGACGUUUCAGCAUAUCGACAAAUACGAAGAUUUCGUGCUUGAAUUUUCAGUUCGUCAGUUUGAUGUUGUCUGUGUUAAAAUCAAGUUUUCGAGCAAUGUGACUAUCCAAUAAUCUAGUACAGCUAAGUUAAUAUAAAUGUGUGUCAUUAUGAUGAAAUUUUAAUAACGUUAGUAAGGUACUUUUUAUACGUAAAUGUAAUAUUUCUGAAGAAGAAAUAAAUAACUGUGGAGAACGCACACGUCGCACAAACAUUUUUGAUGUGAAGUAUCCUUCACAUAGGUUCCUUUUCCGUUAACUCAUUAUAUUUAGUAGCAUUUAGCAUCAUCUUUGCGUAUAACAGUAAUUAGAUACCUAUAAGUUGGGGUUUUCUCGGAUUUAGUGGCAUCUUCAUAAUAUUCUGUUAUCAAGAACAUUUACGACAUUCUCAUUCUAAAGCUAUAGUUAAAUUAACCUGUACUUUGUGUCACUUCCUAUAACUGAGAAGUUAGAGU